UUCAUUUUCCCUCUCUGCAGUGUCUAUUAAUUUCGCUUAAAUUCAUUUCUAUUUUCUCAAUUGUUCUCUGAAAGAAGAAGAAGAAAUGGCAGGUGGGUCGUCGAAUUCAAACGCACCGAAGCCUCGAAAGAGAGUGGAGGCCGAAUCUUCGGCUUCUUCUUCUCUUGUUCGUGCCAGAGAUGGCAGCGCUUUCGCCAAAUGUGAAGAGUGUAACAAGAGUGUUCCAGUGGUGCUAAUUAGUAUGCAUAGUUGUAGUCUUGAUGCUAAAAUCAAGAUGAAUUUGGAGGCUCAAGUUGUGGAAAAGCCCACUGAAGUUAAGAAGAAAUCUGUGGAAAGGAAGAAGCCAACUUCAACUGAACCAAAACCAAAGAGACUCAGAAAGGCUGCCAAAGAUAAUUCAAACAAGCCCAAACGCCCACCUACUGCUUUCUUCCUCUUCAUGGAUGACUUUAGAAAAGAAUACAAGGAAGCAAAUCCCGAGUCCAAGGGUGUAAAAGAGGUGGGUGUGUUAUAUGUUUCUGAAUUGGUGGUUCAAUUAUGGCAUGUUCAAUUUUAAGCAUUGUGAUUAAGUUUUGUGGGUUUGAUUUUGUUUGAUGAAAUGUAGGUUGCGAAACAGGGUGGUGAGAGGUGGAAUAAUAUGAGUGAAGAAGAGAAGAAGCCUUAUCUUGACAAGGCUGCUGAGCUUAAAGCAGAGUAUGGGAAAGCCUUGGAGAGUAAUAAUGAUGCCGAAAAUGGAGAUGAGGAAGGAGGUUCAGGGAAGGAAGAUGCUGUUGAGAAAGAGGAUGAAGGUUCAGAGAAGGAAGACGCUAAUGAGAAAGAGGAUGUUGCAGAGAAGGAAGACGGUAAUAAGAAAGAGGAUGUUGCAGAGAAGGUUGAGCAAGAAGAGGAAGAAGUGUUAGAUGAUUAUUAGAUGGUAAGUAGGAUAUGAUGCUUCCGGGAAUCACAUGUUAAUUUUUGUCCUCGGAAUUACUGUGGCCCUGUUCUGGGGCAUUGUAAAUUUUUAUCUCCCUUAGUGAAUGAAUUUAAUCAGAUUUUUCAGAUUUGGUCAAAGUUUUAUGGUCUCUUAAUCUUCAAGCAUCAUUCUGCAAUUCACCAAAUCGUAAUCAUGCAUAAUUGAAUUAGUCUUCAAGCAUCCUCUCUGUGAUUUGCUGAAUUGUAAUAAGGUUUUGUUGCAUUCAUGACAUUUGAUUGUUUCAAAUAGAUCUAUUUGAAUACAGUAACUGGAUAGAUGAUUGGUUAUGGGCCAA